AUGUCAAUCAGGAUAAACAAAGAUGAGAGUAAGCGGGUGCACGUGUGGAUAAGGAGUGCCAUCGGCACGCCCAACAGGAGGCAAUACAAACAUAAAAAUAUUAUGUACCCAUAUUUUCGCAUUUAUAAGUAUUCUGCGAAAUGUAGCAGAGCGAAGCAGGCGGAUGAAGAGGGCACAUCGGAUAAUACAGCGGAGGAUACAGCGAAGGACACAGCGGAGGACACCGCGGAGGAGAAGAAGUACACGGACCGUGGGGAGCACCCUGUCGAGGGGUCCACUCCGAUGGGCGGUCACGCAAACAAAAAGGUGAUAAGGAUAAACAACUUCCACUACAUUGUACAUAGCCAAGUGAAAAACAACCUUUAUUUUUACCUCAAGUGUAUCCGCUACAGCAUGAGACCCUUUAGAGGAAAAAUAAUUGGAGAUCUCUACAUGAACGAAAGAAAGAUACGAAGCAACAUCUCCACAAAUGGGAUCAUAAAUGGAGAGUGGAAAUAUGCCUUUCCGCAUCUUAAGAUAAGUGAUAAGUUUUCCGACGCCGCGUUAGAUGAUCCGAUCGCGGGGGAAGAGUCCGAGGGGGGGGAAGAGUCCGAGGGGGGGGGAGAGUCCGUGGGGGGGGAAGAGUCCCAGGGGGAGGAAGUACUUUCCCAGUUGGUUAUAGCGGAUAAGUAUACCUACCGGCCUCCCCUGCCUCGGUGUUUUAGCGAGCCGUGA